UGAGAACUGAGAAGUCAAAACAUUUAGAAAAUCGAGAUUAUCAGAGUGAAGUGCACGCAAAUUUUAUUUACAAAAAAAAUUUCUUUACUUCCGUAAUUCUAUAAAAUUAUAAUGAAAAAGUGGUGGAACUGGAUUUCGGCUUUUGCUUUAUUGUGUUUAUUGUUCGUGGCUAUACCGCUUUUCUACUCAAGAGGUGGGAGUAAAGAAGAAUUACGUCCAAUGUUUGCAGAAUAUGUAAAAAAAUACAAUAAAAGCUAUUUUAAUAACUCGGCGGAAUACGAAACAAGAUUUGAACAUUUUGUGGCUUCAGUACAGGAAAUAGAUGAACUUAAUUCAAAAUCCAGAGGGCCAGAGCAGUACCGAGCAAAGUAUGGCUUAACUCAUCUCUCAGAUAUGUCUAAAAUAGAGUUUCAAGAGCUCCAUCUAGCAGAUGAACAACCUCAUAGGAGAAAAGAUUCUCAUAGAUCUAGAAAGCCAUUGUUAGCUAUGUCAAAUCUGGAGGAUAAAGAUAAAUAUGAAACAGAAAAAGAUAAAAGUGCUCCAAUAUCAUUACAUGAUAAUAUCUAUAUUAUUAUAAGAAAGGAGAGGACGGCUGCCUCACUUCCUCUUCAAAUUGAUUGGCGGGCAAAGGGUGUCAUUGGCGCCGUGAAGAACCAGGGUCUGUGUGGUGCUUGCUGGGCGUUCAGUACCAUUGGUGUUAUGGAAGCAAUGUCUGCUAUUUCAACGGGAAAGUUUGAACCUCUUAGCGUGCAGGAAGUAAUAGAUUGCGCCGGCCUUGGCAAUAGCGGGUGCGCAGGUGGCGACAUCUGUCUCCUACUGGAUUGGCUCACUAUGACCAAGUCUGUCGUGGAAACAGAUAAAGAAUACCCUCUCAAACUCACCAAUGGAGCCUGCCUGAUGAACAAGAAUGCGACCGGUGUUCGUGUGAAGUCAUUCACUUGUAAUGAUUUUACAAGUGCAGAAGACAAGAUCCUAGCGUCGAUUGCGACUCAUGGCCCGGUAGCAGUGGCUGUUAAUGCGUUAACCUGGCAGAACUAUCUUGGUGGAGUCAUACAAUAUCAUUGCAGCGGGACCCCGAAAGAUCUGAACCACGCAGUGGAGUUAGUUGGUUACGACCUGACAGCUGAUGUGCCAUACUACAUCGCGAAGAACUCGUGGGGUUCAAGUUUUGGCCUAGAUGGCUACAUACACUUGGCUAUUGGGGCUAAUACCUGUGGAUUAGCCAAUGAGGUAGCGUCUGUCGAUGUAACGGUGUAAAAUCCAAGCCUUAGUAUACUAGCAGUGUACUCAAUCGAAAUAUCGAAUUUAUUUCGCAUCUACCCACAUUUUUUGAAUCUCGAUAGAAAUUGUAUUUUUUGUUAUUCUAUAAAUAAGAUUUCAAUGAUAGAAACGGAGACUGAUUUUUUGUACGUCCAUAUUAUUUUUAGUAUCCAUGACAAUUAAGUCAAGUUUAAGACAUAAAUCAGUAAACUACUGAAAUCGUGCUGUCUAUGACUCACGAAAUAAAAGAGACAGAUAUAGAUGUAAGAAACGACGUCUUUUUGUAUAUUUGUUAAUUCUUGCCAGUAUUUAGGGUAGGUCUUAUUUUUUGUCACAAAACUUGUCAUACGAUCAAUGUAUUGGAAUUUUCUUUAUUUGUAUUUAGUUUGUAACACUCACUGUUUUUAUUUUUUGUUAAAGAUGUUUUUUUUGUUGCAACAACCCGCAUGUUAGAAUAUGUUUUUUUAUAGAAAUUGCGAUCAUUAAUUUAUAUCAUAAAACUUGCAUAAUAUUUUUUAGAAGAUUUUAGAAGAAAAUCCGUCCUAAAUUUCCAUGAAAAAUAUUUUUCGUAGUAUGUGGUACUAUACUAAAAAUAGCUAUUUAUGGGUAUGGGACAGAUAUCAAAGUAAAAACCGUAAACCGUCAAUGUUUCCAACCUAGCAGCAAGAGAGAGAUAAGUUUAAAGGUGCUGGGAUCGAGUAUUAGAAAAAAUAAUUUGUUCCAUACCCACAGUGUUCAGGACUUUUUGUUUUAAAAAUAUAUUUAAGCAUUUCCAAUUGUGUACAUUCCAGUAGUUAAGCUAAAAUGUCAAUACAUACUCAAAAAGUGCCUUAGUUUUGUAAUCAUUUUUGAAUACAUGUUUUUUUAUU